GCGGCAGUUUCGUUGCCCGGGUCUUGCUGACUGAACUUGCUACUGGCACUCGCUGUCGAAUGCUCGCACGAUCAGAAGCAUCGAAAUCGUUCACUUUUCGCCUCUUUCGGCGAGCCGAUAAACAUUUCUUGUUUAUAAAACGGAUUAACUACAACAAAAACUACCUUUGCAGUGGUGCGAAUCCAAAAACUCUGACAAAUAAAGGACUUGCGUUUUAUUUUUCCGGUUGUUUUAUUUUUCAAGUGGUCACUUGUGUGAAAAAUUUAUUACGACAUUAUGUUCUAGUGGAACAUUUUCUUGCUUAUUGUAAUUUGUGGUUUUAUUAUGGAGCUUAAAAUAAAAAGCAAGCAAAGUGGUGCAGUGUAACCGCCAUCAGCAAUAAACUUGGAACAAUGGAUGUCCGAUGGUCCAUCUGUAUACGCUAUGCUCUCGUCUUCUUCUUCUCGGCGAUCCACUCAACCGCCACUUUUAAACAAGGUGCAUGUCGGUUUCCUGCCAAAUGGGAAGGGAACUGGUUUCAAUCAGGUGUGCGACAACCGAUCCUGAUUGAAGGAUCGCGCCUCAGUACAAAAGGACGAUGUCUUGCCAACGACUUGGAGAAGUACUACAUGGUUGACGAGAAAAGAGCGUGCUAUCGAUGCGUCGUUAUACAUGAAAAACACACAAACGUUCUGCAAUAUAAAGAAACAUUUUGUCAUAGUAGAGAAGCCCUUCCACAUCUCUGCAGUAUGAUAACAGGCGACGCCCUUCUUUUUUCCCUGUUCAGGGAAAACGCCCUGCCAGAGCCAUGCCCGUUUAGGGGCCCCUUUACUUUUACGUACAAUAGGGGACAUGGGGAGUGCAAGUUUCCAGUAUCCAGCAUAGAUAGCUGCACCGAUGAUAGCAAACUUUUGAUGGGCUAUCAGGCGUGCCCUGACGUAUUGGGAUCAGAAAGUACUGUCGAGGAACUGCAGUGCCUGGCCACAUGGAAGGAGGGCAGCUCUCGGUAUCUGGUCGGCAAGGUGCACCACAACCACGCCACCUCGAACGAGGACCGCUUCCGUUGUUUCGUGUACGAAAAGAUGACGCCCGGGUCCGAGGUGGCCGGCGUCGAUUACCGAGUCGCUCAGAGCGGGGACGCCACCUGCAACGGGCUGUUCAGCUCCAGCGAAGGCAGCAGGACGAUGACUCUCAAAAGAGCUCCCGCUCUGAACAAAUGCCGCUUUCCCCCUUGGGUAGCGAAUUACAACCACUGGCACACUUUGGACUACACUGCGACUUACAGUUUUCAUCACAGAAACUCCACCCUGAGGAUCACCAACUCUAGUGGACUAGAGAUGCGAGUCGUUUGCUCGCAAGUCAAAUACACGUCCAGAGACGAGAACACCGUCAUUCUUCUUGCACAUUUUACCAUGGGGUGCCAGAGCGGAUUCACGUGUAUGUCCUUUUACCGACGGGACGUCCACGUCAUAGAAGUGCAAAUUGGAGCCCACACCAAGCGACAAGAGGACGCCUGCGGACCCAUGUUCUUCAAUAGAAGCUCCAACCCAUACGUCACGCUAGUCACAACUUCGCCCGAGACAAGAGCAUGCCCGUACAUGGGCAAAUUCGAAGUGAGCAAUCUCAUAAGGAGCGAGCGUUCAAUCAACUCGAACUUCGAAGGAACGGACUCGCGAUUCUACUCGAACAAAAUGUCGCUGCCGGAUUAUGCUGGGAAUAACAUAAGGACGAAGCGUUUGUCGGACGAUCCGGAGUGCGGUAGUCGCGGCUUCAGCAGCCUCAUCAUCGGAUGCAAUAACGUUGACACCAUGGAGUUUAGAACCGAGUGCGAUACACCGGAUGUUGUCACAUCAUAUUCUUGUCAUGGCCGAUGGUCUGAAAACGGCACGAACUACCUGAUAACGACACCGAUAAGCAGAGCCUCUCACGGCGCCAGAAGAUACUGCUUCAUCUACAAGGAAUCAGGCCCUGAUAUGCUUUUAUUCAGCACAUCAGCAGAUAACUGCGACCGCAUCGUUCGGCCCGGUGUCACUGGGGAACUGGUUUUCAAUGUUACCAGUACUGGUAAAUGUAUCCAAACAAGUUCCUCAUCAGCAAGCUCAUCAUCAAGUAGUCUUAUAAUUAUCUGUUUUGUUUUCAACAUGAUUUUCCUGAAAAAAUAUUCGAUCAUGAUUAAAAGAUGAUCAAUAAUCGGUAAUCUAGGAAAUAUUAUAUAAUUAUUAUGAGACUGUUUUAGUCCGAAAGGCAAUAUUAUGUUGUGAGUAAAAUCGGGUUGUGGUAACUUGUAAAUAGUUGGAAAAUAAUAAAAUCAACAAAGUGUUAGGGGUAGUAGUGUUUCGUUUAAAUAAGGAAGAAUAUUUUUAUAACUAAAUUUGUAUGUGAGUAAUUGAUAUCAUAAAAAUCUUAGAUUUUGAUGCAAUUAUGGGUUAAAUAUUCUUACUGUUACUGUCUGCUUUUAAAUGGAAAAACUUGUAUACUAAAGAUAAGUUUAAGGGAAAUGUUGACCAAUUCGGCUAGUUGAUUUUAUGUUUUUCAAUUAUACAUAUUAAAUUUUGUAAAUUGUAUCUUAAUAUAUACUUUAAUCUGUGAUUGCAACAAUUUUAGAAAAAGAAUAAUUUUGCAAUAUUAUCCCUCACUAAUAGUUGCUAUAAAAUUUUAUAAAUACUAAACUUAUAUCUUAACUUCAACCUUUUUCUAUUCUACUUAGUUUUAAAAGUAAACAUGAUAAGUAAUAACAUACGAGUUUAAUAAUAUCUAUAUAAAAAUUUUAUUGUAUUUUAAAUGUCUACAGUUGUAGAAAAUAAGAAGGAUUUCACGCCAAGUGUGCAACACAAAGUAUUUCUCAUACACAAAUUGAGAAUAAAUAUUUUUUUCUCUUAAAUUUGGCGUAUUUUAAUAAACAAGAAUGGACAAAAAAUAUAAUUGGAUUAGAACUGCUAUGGCUUUUAAAAAACUAAACAAAUAUUUGCAAAUUAUUUUUAAGCAAAUGAUAUGGUCCUUCCCGUACCUACCUAGUUUAAAAUACCUGGGAUAUAAUAUACCCAGGGUAUAAAAUACCUGGGGUAUAAUAUACCCAGGUUAUAAAAUACCUGGGGUAUAAUAUACCCAGGGUAUGAUAAACCCAUGUACUCGCUUAUCGUGAAAUGCUACAUGAAAAAUUUUGUACUAGACAGGAUGAUCCUUAUAAAACCUUUCCUUUAUCUUAAUAUUGUAUAAGCUAAAAAUAGUUUUAUAUUCAUAGAAAUUCUCAAUAAAUAACAUAUCAUAGCAAAAUUCUUUCCCUUAAUUUAUCAUGUUUACUAGGAUUUUUAAAAAAUAGAUAAACUAGCUAAAAUCUGUGAUUCAUUUCAAAUCUUUUAAGAAACCUAUCAGAAAUACUUUGAUCACAAACCAUAAUAGCAAAAAAAGUGUGUUAAUAUAAAAUAAAAUAAUGAUAGGUAUCUUAAAAUUAAUUAAAGCAUUUAGAGAUUAAAAAAAUGCUUCCAACAAAUACGUAUUUUUACACUUACACAUAACUGCUUGUUUAAAUAAGAAAUAAAAAAUGUUUCAAGAGGAGGGUGAUAUUUUUUGUAACCAGAGAAGCAAUACAAUGUUUUGUAAAGAAAGUAAAUUGGAAUCAUAUGUAUGACUGCCAUAAUGUUCGAUCGUUUUUCUAUAAUUUUUUCAUGAGCAAUAAUAUAAGAUAGUUAGUAGAGUUUGUAUAAAUAUACAAUGUUAAAUUUAUUGUAUAAAAAUAAUGUUAUAUAUAAGUAAUCAAUAAUAUUGUUCAUAUUUUUUGGCACUGUAAAAAACAAUGUACGGUACAAAUUAUGAUUUAUGGAUAUUUUACUGUUUUUAUUUUCAAAAAAUUUUAACGUUAGCUAAGGACUAGUCCUGUAAACUGUAAAAAUUGAAUACAAAAAUUGUGCGAUUUGCAAUCAUUGUAAAUGUAUGAUAUGUAUUAUUUAUUACAAAAUUAGUGGAAAUAGUAAUAAAUAGUUUUAACAUGUAAAAUAGUAUAAAAAACCUUUAAAAUAGAAACUCUGUAGCGGUAGUCUGUUUUUUUACAAAGGCAGAAUAUGUAAGAUGUGGAGUAAUUUAUUUUUAGAAAAAUUGUUGAUUUUUUCUUCUUCUGAAAAAUAUGUUGUUGACAAAAGAAUUUAGAUUUUCGUUUUUAUUUAUUAUGUAAAGGUAGUGAUAAGUUUUAAAUUGAAAUUAGGACUCUAUUUAUUAAAAACCUAAAAAUAAGUUACUCUAUGUAAAUGAAGAAUGGUGCCUUGGAUGUUUUGUUUGUUUUAAUAAAAACACAAAAUGUUAAACAAAAUGCAAUUGUUGUAAUAUCUGUACAUUAUCUUAAUAAAAGAUUG